AUGGCUUCGUCCACAGAAUCCGACAACCACUCUUCUCCCGAUUCGCGAAACAAGACAAAAUCUGGUGCAAACAGGAAACUACGUAUCCCCAAGGCCUGCUAUCCUUGUUAUAAGAGAAAAGUCAAAUGUGACCGCAACUCCCCGUCGACAAAAGAGAGAUCACUCAGUCGAGGAACUCGUCAGCAUCAUGAGACCAGCAAUAACAACAACAGCCACGGCUGUUGCAGCAGCAAGAAAGAAUCACCUUCCGAGACAGAAGCCGGAAAAUUUACUGUCACUGAUGGUGGAAACGUACUCAUCGAUCCACAGGAAUGGCAGAGUAUACAGGAUAAACUCGCAAACUUGAGCCAGAGUAUGCAUUCGCUUCGCUCACGACUGGAAAUAGCAUCGACACCGCCACCGGUGCCACAAUUAUCGACAUCGCCAUCAUCAAGUUUAUCUACUAUCGACGGAAAUAAUCUUCACGCAUCACCAGUUACGAUACCGAAAUCAUUACUUACGCCUAUCGACGAGGAAAGGGCCGGCGAUGGGGUGCGCACUCGAACCGCCUUAGGUGGAUCCCCAGUUCAUUGCGGAUCAGAGUCUAUUACUGCUUUUGUACUUGAAAAGCCGCAUCAACGUGCUAUUUUCGGUGAGGAUAGCGUCCUGUCGCAAUUGGCGCUUGAUAAUCAGUCGGCAACGUAUCCGUUUUUAGACCUGUGGUCGUCAAAUAUUACUUCGUAUAGUAAUGAAUCUGUUUGCGCGGCGCUUCCGGAUGACAGUGUUUGUCGAAGACUAAUACGAUCUUAUCACGACGUUCGCUUGACACUGUACCCCGUUAUAGCCGACUUUGACGGCUUCCAAAAAGAUGUUCAGACCCUUCUCGAUAACAGAGCGUUGCAAGGUUUAUGCGCAAGCAAUCCUUUGGCUCCUUCAAUAGCACCGUAUGGUUGCAACAUCUCCUUUAUAGGAAAUUUGUUUGCUAUACUUGCGUCUGGAUGCCAGGUCUCUGACUUUUCGCACAAGGAGAGGACGUCGAUGUGUCAACUAUAUGUAUCGUGUGCGUAUCAAUGUCUGCGGAAUAGUAAUUUCUUGUCUCAGCCUAGCAUGGAGGCUAUCCAGACCUUGUUGAUAAUUGGAGAUGUUCUCUCGUAUAAUAUGAACCCGGGUAUCGCCUAUGUGACAUUCGGUGUCGCCCAACGCAUGGCAUUGACUCUAGGUCUUCACGCCGAAUCCUUCCUAUUCAGAGACCAGAACGCCAACCGACGGCAAGAACUAUGGUGGUCCAUGGCCUGGCAAGACAGCCACUUCGGCCUUUCCUACGACCGUCCCAUCGAGACUCUCGCACCAAGCCCUCAGAUUCCCCGAGCAGUCGACUCUCGUCCCGGAAACAGAGCUUACUUUGAGACAAUGUGUUCCGUCAUCUUUCUCAUUCUUCGGCUUUUGCGCGAAGAGAUCCUCGAGGGCAACAAAAUCAGCGACCACACCAUCCCCGCCUACAAAGUUGAACUGGACAAAAUUUUAGCUGAUGCAGCGCCUCAUCUCAGAAGCGAAGAUUACUGCUUCACGCUUAGAGACCAUAUUCAACGACUGACCCUCAAGCUUCGAUCGUCAUACCUAGUUUCCGAAAUCUGUCGCCGAUCGCUGAAACAGUCCUCAACCGGCAGUGGCAAGAAAGCCCUAACACCGCAUCUAUGUCAAGAAUGCAUUGACUCUCUCCUCAGCACCAUCGAAGCCUUUAUCGAAAUCCACCAAAUCAUUCCUCACGGUUCGCGAUCAUGGAUCCAUCUGCACAGCGCGAUCAGCGCCGCGUUUUUGCUGUCAGUUGACGAAGGCGCCCAAACCGAGCCGAGCGUAUGGGCCAUUCUCGAAAAGCUGGAAAAUGUGUUUUCGGAUUUGACUUCUGCUGCAAAUCACAAUGGUCAUUACAACGCAGAUAAGCUUGCUCAUAGCCCUGACUCCAUGGCUCGUGACUGGUCUUCACCACCACACUUUUCGACUCAUCAGUCGACGGUUAAUCACAACACCGCUGCACCACCAGCAAUGGGUGAUUUGUUCUCAGCGGAUAACUGGCAUUCAUUCGGUCAGACUUUUAUGCUCUCCGAUUUUCCCUUGAGUGCAGACCCCAUGAUGAUGAUGGGUGGAAGUCCCAAAAACAAUAUAUUAGGAUUCGGAAUGUCGAACGACUUUUCGCAAUCUGUGCCCAUGGUUGCAGAAGAGGAUCGCGGCGUUGAGUUUCUCAUGGGUACGUUAAACAGCUUAAAGAAAAUUAAUGCGGGGUUUAGAGCACAAAAAGCUGAAGCUAAGAGAAAUGCGGUUGUGGGUGUCGAGAAGAAGCCCGCUGGGUCGUCGUGUUGUAUGAGUCGGAGUAGAGAGGGGACGACGGCGAGAUGUCAUUAA